CUGCUGACCUCAUGCUUUACUGACCUGCUGACCUCCUAACCUUUGUGAACCGUGCUCCUUCCCCUCCAAUACUUAAUCUGACCCUGACACUGUCCUUGACCCCUUCUUCUCCUGACCAACGCUUUCCCCAUCCUACCCCCUAUUUCCUCCCUAUUCCCAUCCUUAAUUACCACCCUAUCCCCUCCCCACCCCUCCCUACCCCUCCCACCCUUCCCUCCCCUGCCCCCCAACCAUCUUCACCUCCUCCCUGGGGCCACAGUGCCCCUUUAAAGGACAAGAACAUGAUGGUGCAAAGGCUACUCUUCUGGCUCCUCGUGUUCCCAUAUCCCAGUUCCCCAAACCCAACUCUUGUCCUUUCCUUGCCUGACCAUUUCUGUGUUGGCCCUGAUGUGAUUGAAGUUCUGUGGAAGCUUCUCAUUAUGACUGCCUGCUUGGGAGCCUGUGCCUUUCUCAUUUACCUGUGGAGAACCAUCCUCGCUGUAAAGCCUCGACAAUAUGAAGUUACUUUAGACCAAAUAAAGAUGAAUAUUGUUGAGCUGAAAAAGGAAAACAAGUAUCUUGGCACAAACAUAGCCAGUUGGGAGGAGAAGAUCAGGGAAGCAAAGAAAGCUCAAAGGAAGAGAGCACAUAAGGUUUCCCUUGCGGAAAUAAAUGAAUGCAAAGAGAACAUCAAAAACUUGGAAAUCAUCAAUAAAAAUUUGAAGGACACCCUUCAUCUUAAACAGGCUCUCUCAGAGGUUGUGAUAGCCAGAGAUAUCCAGACCAUGGAUGUGGUCCAAGAUGAAUUGGAUGAUGAAGUGCCGAGAGCCUUGAGUUGCGAAAACCAAGAACUGAAAGAGAAGGAAAAGUUCCUGGAAGACCGCUAUAGUGCCCUGAGUUCUCAGAAAAUAGCUAAAGAAGCAGAAUUGAACCUGCUAAUGAAGAAAGUGGAUAUGAUGGUGGAGUUCACGGAACAACAAAAACGGACUGCAGAAGAGAAGUUAGAAGAGACCAUUAAAGAUCUGAAUGAAACCAGGAAUGAGCUGUCAGCUGCUGAGGAUAAUCUGAAGGCGACUAAAGAAGAAAUGGAGAAGUAUCGACAACAAGUGGAAGACAUGCAACAUGAGCUUUCAGAGGCGGAGUUCACCUUCCAAGGCCAGAUCGCAGUGCAGGAGAGGAAUGCUGUGGCUAACUGGAUGAGGGCUCGGGAUUGGGAGAGGAGGAUAGUGCAGCAGAGCAGGGAGAACGCCUACCUGAGACACAGACUGCACAUGAUGGAAGGGGAGAUGCUGCCUGUGGGACCCACGUGGCGCGGACCGAUGCCGGGAAGGCCUGAGUUCCAGAAGCCUCUGUGGCAAGCACCUAGACCGGUUCCCAGGAUGAACAGCCGCACCGGCCCUCAAAAGGGCCCAGAGAUGCCUACGGUCGGUACAGGUGUGAGAGUGAUUCCUCCUUGCCCAGGGCCCCUCCGUAUGCCCUACCACGUGGGGCAGAAUAUACCAGGCUUUCCUCCUCCUCCUCCCCCUCCACACUGGGGGACCUGGGGGCCUCAGCCCCACCUCGUUCCUCCACCCCUCGGGCUUCCUUUCCACUCAGAAGCCUGUGCAGCUCCACGGGACAAUAGCAGCGCUGUGCCCAAGAAGGCCCCAGAGGAAAACCAAGCUAAUCAUUUUCUAAUUUGAAGACUUCCUUGACCUCCAACAACCAGGCUCCAAUGAGUUUUUAUUUAGUAAAAAUAUGAAUGCUUUCUGCCUGGUGGUCUGAGUGCUUUCCCUGCCCAUCCUCUCCCCUGUGCUUCGUCUCUCCUGGUAUCCCCCCAAUAAACCGUUCACGGUUCUGU